AUGCAGAGGAUUUCACGAUGGUUGCAAGACUGUCAGAUCCAUCCCAAAUGCAAGAAAGAAGUGAAUCACGUUCUACCCAGCAGAGUUCUCGACAUCGGUACAUCUGCUAUCCCACACAUUCGACUUCGCAUCACAAACGAAGACGAGAAGGGCAAGUAUGCAGCGCUGAGUUAUUGCUGGGGCGGAUACACAGGAUUCAUGCUGAAGCAACACAAUAUGGCCGACUUUCAGCACUCAAUCGACGAGAUCUCCAUGCCACAGACAUAUAAGGAUGCGAUACUACUUUGCCGGCGUCUCGGCAUACAAUACCUCUGGAUCGACGCACUGUGCAUACUUCAGGACAGUAAACCGGACUGGGAGCUAGAGAACCCGAGGAUGGCGGAAGUCUAUGGGAAUGCGUAUCUCACCAUCAGUGCAACUUCCGCAAGAUCUGCCACGCAAGGUUUUCUAUCGCCUCGAGAUGCGAUUGACGUUACCAGCGUUCUCAUAGGCAAAGUAUCGCACCAUGACGAGACGUACCCUGUCUACCUCUCAGAGCCACUUUUAGAGAACAUCCGAGACGUCGAGCUCCACAUCCAGGAUGAACCGUUGACAUCUCGCGCGUGGGCCUUGCAAGAGAGAAUGCUAUCUCAGCGGGUCGUCCAUUUUGCUUCAAAGGGCAUGCUGUGGCAGUGCCGCCAGUACACCAUCAACGAAGAUGAUAUGAAUUCUAGAACAGAUGUAAUGAUGGUACCGUACAUGAAAAGUUUCAAGUCACCCCUGCUUGAAUGGUAUCGCAUUGCCGAUCGCUUCUCCAGAUGCACAAUGACCGUUCCCACGGAUUGCUUCCCCGCAUUCGCAGGUAUCACCAAGGCCUUU